AUGCGUUGCCACCUCCUGGUCUUCUGCCUGACUGAUGGGUGCCGCGGUUGCUUGGGCAGCAUUGUCAGCAUUGUCAGCACCGAACUUGAGGUUCACGAAUUGAAGCUUCACCAACCAAGACCACCUCAAGACCAUCUUAUGACCAUCACACUUGACAACUCGAUCGAGCCCGAUUCUGCUGGGGUUCAAGAGAAGCUGACUCUUUCAAAAUGGUACUGUCCCCACUCGCUCUUGCCUGUGCAGAUCUGGGCCAGUAUGAACUGGUGCGAUGAGAUUAAGCAACAAAAUCAGGCCUCCUCUUUCCGUUAUCGAGACUAA